CCGGAAGAGGCGUGUCUUUCUGCCGACAUCCCGGAAGUGCCUGUGUUGUGGUCGCCGGCCCCAGAAUCGCUCGCCGGUUCUGCGCGGCGCUCUAAGGGCCUCCCGCGCUCCGGCCAUGUCGUGAGGGGAGGCGGCGGCGGGAGAGAGGGCUUCCUAUUCCUUUAUGGGCCACUUUCUCUCGCGGAAGGAGGGAACGGGACCGUCCGGACGCAGCGCGGAGCAGAGCCGCCGCCGCCUUCGCCUUCUCCGCCGCCGGCCCCUGAGCGGCGGGAGCCGGGGCUGUUUCCUCCGCGGGCCUUGCAUGCUCUGCUUCCUGGUCCACGGUGCCCCCGAGGAGCCCCCGCAGGCGCAGCCCAGGCGCCCCUCCCCGCGCCUCUUGGCGGAGCUGAAGGAAGAGCGCGGCUCCCGCUGCCGCCUCCGCCGCCACCUGCUGCUCUCCGGCCUCCUCCUCCCGCCGCCGCCGCCUCCCGGGCGUCGAGGCGCUCCCGGCCCUGCCCUGGAGAGCGGCCAGGCCCCGGAGAUGGUCUGCAAGCGCAAAGGCGUCGGCCUGCCCGCUUGCCCGCCUCGCAAGCAGCCCCGCUGCGCCGCCAUCGCCGCCGGCCCCGACGCCUGCCCUCUGCCCUCAGCCUCCGAGCCCAGGGACCCCGCCGCCAGCGAGAAUGGGGCCGGGAGGGCGCUGCCCGAGGAAGGGGCCCGGCCCCAGGCGCCCGAGGUCAGCGGCGAGGAGGAGGACAAGAAGAAGGGCGAGCGGCGCCAGCAGGAGCCCCGCCGCGAGCCGCCCGACUGCGAGGAGCCCCCCGAAAACCCCGGUGACUGCUGCUCUCGCGGGGAGCCCCCCGGCCCAGCCCCGGACAUCAACCAGCUGCCGCCCUCCAUCCUCCUCAAGAUAUUUUCCAACUUAUCUCUGAAUGAACGAUGUCUCUCAGCAUCAUUGGUUUGUAAAUAUUGGCGUGACCUUUGUUUAGAUUUCCAGUUUUGGAAGCAAUUGGAUCUUAGUAGUCGUCAGCAGGUUACUGAUGAGUUGCUUGAAAGAAUUGCAUCACGGAGUCAGAAUAUAACUGAAAUCAAUAUUUCAGAUUGCCGUAAUGUAUCAGAUACUGGAGUAUGUGUGCUAGCAUCUAAAUGCCCUGGACUGCUAAGGUAUACAGCCUAUCGGUGUAAACAGCUUUCUGAUACAUCUAUAAUUGCAGUGGCCUCACAGUGUCCUCAACUACAGAAAGUACAUGUGGGUAACCAAGAUCGGCUUACAGAUGAAGGACUUAAGCAGCUGGGCUCAGAGUGUCGAGAACUGAAAGAUAUUCAUUUUGGGCAAUGUUACAAGAUCUCAGAUGAAGGAAUGAUCAUUAUAGCUAAAGGCUGCCUGAAGUUACAAAGAAUAUACAUGCAGGAAAACAAAUUAGUGACAGAUCAAUCUGUUAAGGCAUUCGCUGAACACUGUCCCGAGUUGCAGUAUGUUGGAUUUAUGGGGUGUUCUGUUACAUCUAAAGGAGUCAUACACCUUACCAAUCUAAGAAACCUUUCCAGCUUGGAUCUACGUCACAUCACAGAACUGGAUAAUGAAACAGUGAUGGAAAUAGUAAAGAGAUGCAAAAACCUUACUUCCCUCAAUCUGUGUCUGAACUGGAUUAUAAAUGACAGAUGCGUGGAAGUCAUUGCUAAAGAAGGCCAGAACUUGAAAGAACUUUAUUUGGUGUCAUGUAAAAUUACAGACUAUGCACUGAUAGCUAUCGGACGCUAUAGUAUGACAAUAGAGACUGUGGAUGUGGGAUGGUGCAAAGAAAUCACUGAUCAGGGAGCCACCCAAAUUGCUCAGUGCAGCAAGUCUCUCAGAUAUUUGGGACUGAUGAGAUGUGAUAAGGUGAAUGAAGUGACCGUGGAACAGCUAGUGCAGCAGCACCCACACAUUACCUUCAGCACCGUCCUACAAGACUGCAAGAGGACCUUGGAAAGAGCAUACCAGAUGGGCUGGACACCCAACAUGUCCACUGCCUCUUAGCUCAUGAUCUGAUAUUCAAUAGACAGCAGAGUUAGACUGAACAUUUGAAAAUUGUUUUUACUAUUAAUAUUUUGCUUUUUAUUAAAGGUAUGUUCCAUUUUAGCAUAAAUCUUUUAAUUUUGAAUAUGACUAUAUAUGUAGGAAAUGUCUGUUCAGUCUGUUAAUGGAAACAUUGGACGAAAAGAAAACCUGGUCAGAUAUUUUAUUUUUCUGAAUGUUUAUUUGUGAACAUAAAGACUUUGCAAAGAGCUUGCUGCUCUUCUUGAUGCAAUAUACUUUUCAGUUUACAUAAAGCAGAAACAUCAAUUGGAUGUUUUGUCCAAGUAUAUGUUCGUUAUGGAAACAAUUCAGAGAUGGAUUGUAUGUUUUUUUAUGUACAUAAAUCCAAUGUUUAAAAGCCUUUGGCCGAUUUCUUGAAGUUGGUUCCUGUUAGUUCUGUGGGUAGCAUCAGUAAUUUAAUAUAUUAUGCCUUUCUCUUUCAUAUUAUAUCUUUAUUUCAGGUGUUCAUAUCUUUUUUUGGAUUAUAAGUGACAACUUCUUUCCUGGAGACCACUUAAAUUAAAUGCAAAUUUUAAAGCAGAUUGUCUAAAUUUAUGCUAUCCACACAUGUGUGUUUUUGAGAUGCAGAGCAACAGAAUCCACAGUGUAAAAGAAUAUAACAUUUCAAUUACAGGUUCUCUGCUUUAAUGGAACCUUUGAUAAAUGCUGGGCAUGUAUGUUGUGGGUAUUGAAAUAGAUGGUACUACUGCUUUCUGUUAGUGCUGCCAUUUUUGCCCUUUAGUUUGUUAAUCUAUUGUAAAUCUACUGUCCUUUUGAAACAAACAACUAUAGUAGAUAUUCCUUACUGACUGUGCCCUUCACAAAGUUUCUACAUGUUUGUAUCUUCUAGUUCAACAGUGUAUGGAAUGUAAUUUCCUUUUAAUUUUAAACAAAUGUUACAAUAGAAAUUAGUGUAAGACUGAUUGUGUAAAAAAGAAAAUGAAUGAUCCAGAGGCAACAGGAAAGUAUGAUUUCCCAAUAUAUGAAAGAGCUGCAAUAAGUUUCAGGUUUGUGCAUUCCUCACGAUGUCUCUGAUAUAUAUAUACCACAGCAGGAGACUGAAAGCAUUUGAUUCCAUUUUUAAACAAAACACAGGUCCCUGUUACACUUGAACUGUAACUGAUCUGUGACUAGUUAGAUUACAUUAUGGCUAGUGCAAGCAAGCUGUUUUGACUCUUGUUUUUGGGAGAAAAGCAGAAUAUAAAUGAAACAGUGGUUUCUGUUCCUACCUUGUUCAGGAACAUUGUUUUAGUUAAACUACAGUUCCCUAAAACCAAAUGUAAGAGAAGUUGUGGUCUCUUUAAAUGUAAAAGGAAACCUUUUCUGUUCCCUUUUCCUUUGCACUCUAAAUAUAUUAUCUUACUGAGGCUUGUUGGGAUGGCCGAAAUCUUUUGGAAUCUGUUUUGCCUGCCUGCUGUGUGACUUAAAGACUAGUUGCUGCACAUGGAGAUCUGUUCAUUCUUCAGGGGUGGGGCGCUAUUUGCCAAAUCCCCAUAGGCUAUAGAUCAGUGGUGAGGUGACCCACAAUUUGAGAACCCAAUCUGAUUUGCAAGGCUCCUUGUUUUUCCCUAUCCCCUCUCCUGGGUUAUCUGCCCCUAUUGCCAAAGCCCUUUCUUUCCAUAAAGAAAGUGGAUACGAUACAAGAUAGGCCACAAUACAUGUGUAGGAGAAACAAAGAAUUCUAUGAUCACAGCACUGGAUAAAGAAGCCUCAUAUGGUGCUUUCAGCCAGGGACCAAGGACACUUCCUAAUGCAAGGAGAUCUUCCCAACUUUACAACAACUUGUCCCUAUCAUAGACCACAUCACAUUUCUCCAUCACCCAUCCCUUUGGAAUGCAUUCAAGCUGCAAAAUGGAAGUAUUUCUAUGUAAAAACGAUUAAAACAAGUUAGUGUGGGUGCACACAUUUAUAUUCACCCAUGCAGUCAAGUAUUUAGAUUCACAGCUGUUCAGAAAGUUUUGAUAUAUACUGACAUACACAUGCACAUGCACAUGCACACACACACACACACACAGAGAGAGAGAGAGAGAGAGAGAGAGAGAGCUACCUCUGUAAUCUAAGGUGAUGGCUUCCAUAACUGAAAAUUGCUGAUGGUUAAUUAUAAAUACACUGAGGUGUGUGCCCUACUUUUCUUUGUGCAAUCAUAUAUCUCCAUUCAUGUUCACAUGGAGAAAUGUGCCCAUUUCAACCAGCCCUUUUGUUGAAAUCCUUUACACACUUUCCUGGGAGUAAGUUUCACUAAACUCAGUCACACAUAUUCCCAAAUAGUUAUGUAUAGAAGUGUAUUCUUGUUCUGCCAUCAUUACUGACUAUUUAAGGGUUUGAUAGUUAACCAAGUUAAAGAGCCACUACUGAAAUGUACUAAGUUCAGAGUGAAAUGAAUUUAUUGUUGAUUAUCUUGUUGGAUCUUCCUAUUAUUUUACAUCAGAGGUACACCCUUCCAGACAUUGUUCGACUGCACCUCCCAACAGGCCUAGCCAGCACAACCAAGGAUAAGGGGUGCUGAGAGUGCAAUAACACGAUUCCCACCCCUGUUAUAUCUAAAAUUAUUUCUUCGGUGGAGGAAAUCUUCCAAUUCUUUUGAAUUAUACUGCAUACAUUUCUUAUUUGUAUCCUACUUCACAGAGUAUACCUGAAUUUGCUAUAAGGUCAAUCAUCUGGAAUCCAGAGCAGGUUUUUAGAUCUAAUAUAUACAGAAAAUAGUCAGAAUAUAGCAAUGGAAGGUUUAUUUUUGUGUUUGUUAGCAGUACUGUGAAGAGUUAAAUUUCAGGAGAGUUGACAAGCAGACACUGAAAAAAGACAGGGCAGUAAGUAACCUUUAGAAUGCAACAGUUUUAUAAAGGAUAUAUUGUUUUGUUUUUUAGAUGUAACAUUGUGUAUUUGUUUUUUAAAGGUUAAAGUGUUUUAAUCCAAAAUAUCAAAUGUUCAGCCUUGACCUGAAGACUUGCCAUUAUUGUCAAAAUGUUUGGCUAAUCUAGAAGACUUUAGGCAGCACAAGUUGGAAAACAGCAUUGGUAUGUUUGUGUAAACCAUAUAUCCAGUCUCACAGCCUCCGUUCCUGACAAUAACAGAAAGGGCUUCUUGUGUCAUUUUUGUCACAAUUCCUUGAAUGUUUUCUUAUUAGAUAUUUCAAAUUGAGACAAAAAGCCUUUGCACAAAAAAAACAAAAUGUACAGUGGAUUUUGCCUGGCAUGUCAGAAAUACACAUGAAUAUAUAAAAUGCAGGGCUUUUUAUCCAUGUGAAUAUUUGGCAGUAUUUUCACAAAUAAAGACAAUGACUGGAAAAGAAA